AUGUCGACUAUCAGCGGGCCAUCCGACGCCGCGAGCGACGGGGUGGCGCAAGAGGCCGCGGGCGCUGGUCCGGUGCCAGGUCCGCAGGCGCCGCAGGGCACGGCGGCGCAGGCUGACGGCUCGCGGGUGCGGCCGCAGCGUCACGCCUCGAUCGAGCGCUUCGUGGCCGGCCCCGCCCCGCCCCCUUCCGUGGCGGCGGAGGCGGCCCGCGCCGCCGCCGCGAUGAGCGACUGGACGGGCGGCGGCUCGCUACCCUAUCGCCUUGUCCGCAUCGAGGAGGCGCUGCCGUUCGAGGACGUCGAGGCCUGCUGGAAAGGGCGGCGGGACGAGUGGCGGGACGAGGUCGUGGGCGCGGCCGGGUCUGCCGUCGACCUCGCCGGCUUGCUCGCGGAGCUCCUGUGCUCCCUGACGGCGGCGGCGGUGUCCUACCUCUGGCGGUCUCGCGGCCAGUAUGACAAGCUCUACGGCGAGCUCUACGACCUCGCGUCGGGGCGCAGGUCCGACCCAGUUGCAGCGACACUCCGCCGGCUCGUCGCGGCAGUCGAGACGGCGGCGCUGCCUCCCGCCGACGCGCGCGAGAGGCAGCUCAAGGUGGUGCAGCUGCCGCCCGCGGAGGCGGCCGAGGGGGCGGCCGUGCAGGUUUACUUUUCGGACGAGGAGCGGUGGUACCGCGGCACGGUCACGGCCGUGAAUGAGAACAAGACGUUUACGGUGCUCUUUGAGGACGGCGACGAGGACGCGUGCGCGGCGCGGGUGGCCGCGGUGCGGGCCGGCCCGCUCGAAGGCACCACCGAGCUCCUCAUCAAGUACGAGGGCUGGGCCGCUAAGUGGGACGAGUGGGUGCAACGCGACUCGGGCCGGCUUCGGCUGUACCGGCCCGACGAGCUCACGCUGUCCUCGCUCCCCGACGAG